UUAUUUUGCAUGAGCUGUGUCUAUAAAAGGAGGUGGAUUUCUCGAUCCUUAAUUACGUAAGAGCCAUAAGCAUUUCCAUAAUCAGAAAACAAAGCUGCGAUGGGAAAGGAAUCGUGGUGGUCGAAGUUUAUUUCUGUAUGUAGUUUUAUUUUGCUAUUACUCAAUGCCACUCACUGUUUUUUACUUGCACAGACUCAGGCACUUGGCCAACUUGAUGAGUGCUCAGCGUUGCUGCAGUUCAAGGAAAGCUUUGCAAUUAGCAAGUCUGUUUCUGCAGAUCCUCUUGCUUAUUCGAAGGUUUCAUUUUGGACACGAGAAGGAGAUGGGAAUCGGAGUAAUUGUUGUUCAUGGGAUGGUGUUGAGUGUGAUGAAGACUUUGGCCAUGUUGUCGGCCUUGAUCUCCGUAGCAGUUGUCUCUACGGUUCCAUCAAUUCCAACAACACUCUCUUCAGCCUUGUUCACUUGCAGAGGCUUGACCUCUCAGAUAAUCACUUCAAUUUCUCUCAAAUACCAUCAAGAUUCGGUGAUGAUCUUUCGAGUCUAACAUAUCUCAACCUUUCAAAUUCCUUGUUUUCCGGAGAAAUUCCAUCAGAAAUUUCAAAGUUAUCGAAGCUGUCUACCCUUGAUAUGUCUUUCAAUUCGCAGAAAGUUGAUGAUGAUAGUUUCAGUUUGAAACUGAACAAUGCCAACAUGAGAAGCCUGGUUCAAAACUUGACCGCCAUAAAACAACUUCAUCUUAAUUGGGUAGAGAUGUACUCCAUGGUGCCUGAUAUCUUGGUCAAUGCAUCUUCUCUCACAUCUCUCCAACUUCGUGGUUGUGGGUUGAAUGGAGAAUUCCCAAUUGGCAUUUUCCACCUACCAAACUUAGAGGUUCUCUAUCUGCUCUAUAACUCAAACCUUACCGGUUAUUUUCCUAACUUUAACAGGAGCAAUGCCCUCAAGAAUUUGAAUGUUGCCCACACGAAUUUCUCUGGCCAACUGCCUACCUCCCUUGGAAACCUUCAUUCCUUGAAUGUGUUUGUCAUCAUGUCGUGUAAUUUUCAUCCCAAUGUUCCAUCUUCAAUCGGAAACCUUUCCCAACUCAGUCACCUUUCCAUGUCUUCAUUUCAUGCCUUUUCCAAAGGCAAGCUAUCUGUUUCUUUUUCUUGGGUUGGAAAACUAACCAAACUCUACCACUUGAACCUUGCAGAUACCAACAUAAAGGGAGAAUUCCUAUCUUUUGUGUCUAACCUGACACAACUUGAAUUUCUAGACUUGUCCGAUAAUGAAAUAUCAGGUCAAAUCCCAUCUUUGCAAGGACCAAUUCCUGGGUCACUCUUCCAACUCAAAAAUCUUGAAUAUCUUGAUCUUUCCGGUAAUAACUUGAGUGGGUUGGUUGAGUUCGAUCAGUUUUCCAAGCUCAAAAAGUUGAAGGGCCUUGAAUUAUCGUACAACAUGUUAUCUGUGGAGAUCAGAAAUGAUUUAAGUGCUACUCUUCCAAAGCUUCAAAUUCUAAGACUGGGCUCCUGCAACUUAACAGAGUUUCCAAAUUUUUUGAAAAAUCAAUCCGAAUUGACUGGUCUAGACCUUUCUAGCAACUAUAUUCACGGCCCAAUACCGAAAUGGGUCUGGAAUGCAACUAGAGAAACUUUGUUGGAACUCUAUCUCUCUGACAACUUUUUGACUGGAUUUGACCAAAAUCAAGGCAUUGUCCCAUGGACAUAUCUGAUCUCUCUGAGUCUUGGGUUUAACAUGUUACAAGGACCUCUGCCAAUUCCACCGGAAUCAAUCAGAUUGUAUGAUGUCGGAAACAACAAAUAUACUGGAGAAAUUUCACCUCUGUUCUUCAACUUCAAUUAUAUCCAAGUUCUCGAUUUGUCCAACAACAACCUCAGUGGCAUGCUUCCAAAAUGUUUGGGUAACUCUAGUGUUUUGGAACUAUUGGGCCUGCAUAACAAUUUUUUUAAUGGAUAUAUUCCUCCAAUAUGUCCAAGCAAAACUAGUCUGAGAAUUGUUGAUUUUAGUUAUAAUCAGUUGCAGGGGAAGCUACCAAGAGGGGUGAUGAAUUGUACUCAGUUAAAGGUUCUUAAUUUUGCAAACAAUCAGAUGAGUGACAUCUUCCCAUCUUGGUUAGGGGCACUUCCAGAAUUAAGGAUUCUCAUUUUGCGGUCUAAUGGAUUUCAUGGCGUAAUUGGGAAGCCUGCAACUAAACAUGAGUUCCCAAAGUUGCAUAUCAUUGACUUAUCUAACAAUGGUUUCUCAGGUAUGUUGCCCUCUAACUACUUAGAGAUCUGGAAUUCCAUGAAAUAUGUUGAUGAAAACCAGCCAACUUAUUUUGAAGUAAAUACGAAUGUUCUCAAUGGAAAAUACUUUAAGUAUCAUUACGCAAUGACAAUAAGUGGCAAAGGUGUUGAGUUGAAAUAUAAAAAGACCCCUUAUCUUCUCACAGUCAUAGAUCUGUCAAGUAAUAGAUUCGAAGGAGAGAUUCCAGAAGGUCCCGUUGGGAAACUAAGAGGCCUUAUUUUGCUGAACCUUUCCAACAACUCUCUCACUGGUAACAUCUCCUCAUCUUUUGGGGACUUGGCCGCUCUCGAAUCGUUAGAUCUCUCCCAGAACCAGCUCUCAGGAAGGAUCCCGAGUAAUUUAGCACAACUCACUUUCCUUGCAUAUUUUAAUGUAUCUCAUAACCAUCUCUCCGGCCCCAUACCACUUGGCAAACAAUUCGAUACAUUCCAGGAGGACUCGUACGAAGGAAACUCAGGUUUGUGUGGAAACUCUUUGCCAAAGAAAUGUGAAGAUUCUGAGAGCUCAACGCGGCCACCACCAUCAAUCGUGGAAGAAGAUGAAGACUCUGUAUUUCAAAUUGCACUAGAUUGGUACGUGGUUGUGCCAGGAGUUGUCAGUGGUCUGAUAGUUGGAGUGCUUGUUGGGGACAUAUGGACAACAAAGAAGCACGAAUGGUUUGUGGAGACGUUUAGCAAGAGGAGGAAGCCAAGAGGCACAAGGGGACGCAGAACUUAGCCCAAGGCCAUAAGGGAAGUAUUUGAGCCUUGAAAGAAUAUUAUGUUGUUGUGGUGUGAGGUUUCGUGGUACCAAUUGUGUACGUAGUAUAUUUUGCAUAUGUGGUUGUGUAAGUUAUUUGUAAUGUAUUUCUCAACAAGUACUCAAAUAUGUCUUGAGAGUUUGAAAUGUGUUUGGUUUAAUA